UCCUGCUGCACGUAACAUUCGAUAACUUUUCGGCAUAACAAUUUCAUUUGCGAUAGAUCGCCGCGCAAAGAAACAGGAAGAAUCAUUCGCGAUCGCGUCUUCGGCGAGUGCAGUCGAUUAUUAUUCAACGAUCGCGUAUAGCUCACAUAAAUUGAAGAUGGAUAAAACAUAACUGGAAAAGUUUACAACAUUUGUACAUUUUUUUUUUCAAUUUGUGUAUAAUUUAAUAAAAAAGUUCUAAAUCACACAGUGCAAUUAAAAAUGGCGGCCAUUUUAAAAUUCUGUGUCUUUUUGUUGAAUGUUUAUGUGAUAAGUGCGACCACGUCAACGACUCCGCGUUUUAUAUCAUACAAUUCAUCAGAUUUGUCGUAUUUAUCGAAUGGAAUACAGUUCCCAGCACCGGAAACGCUGGAAACCGUCGCUAAAUUGGAGGAUAAACUGCCAAACAUGCAAUGGUUGCGAGAGCUCUAUAGUCAUCAUCAUUGGAAUUCGCAACUUGGAAGAAUCUCCGAUGUCAAAUGCAAAUUCCAAAUGGAAAGCUAUUUACGAGCGUUGAAAAAUGACUCGUCCUGGGCGAUCAAAAUGUACGAUGCUUCUGGUCGUUACACAACGAACUUCUUCUACGGCAACGACUUCUGGCUGGGAUCUCACUCCUUAUGUGUCGAGCUCGCCAAUCCAGAGACGAACCGCGUGACGCCGCCGUUUCCGGUUCAUUUCUACGCCGUCAAGAUUCGCAUUAAUAUCAACGGUGAUUACACGCCAGUCACUCGGCAGAUCAUAAUCGGACAAUGCCUGCCUGCGGCGUGCAGCCCAGCAGAUUUAAAAUCUGUCCUGCUGCAAGAAAAGUCUCAAGCGGAAUCCUUGGUCGUCGUCGAUGUGCGCCCAGUUCCCGGAAGCUAUCGCCUCAUGGACGACAAGAAGUUUCACAUUGUCGGAGGUGUAACGGUUGCAAUUUUCAUAUUAAUUCUAAUUGCAACCGUUGUGGAACUCUACUUGAAACGCACGCACGAGCACACGAAGGUGCAGCCAGAUUUGGAAAUUUCACGUAAUAAUAAUAACGCGUCUAACGAGGAGCUGAAGAAGAAGCAAUUAGCACAACAUAAACAAUUCAAUGCAAAACCAUUGUCGUUUUUGUUAUCCUUCGCUGCUUACACAAAUGGGCAAAAAAUUCUAGCGGUGGAUCGUUUACCCAAGGACUCAAUACGAUGCAUUCAUGGACUCAGAUUUUUUUCCAUCACGUGGAUUAUUCUAGUGCACACUUAUCUGGAAGUGUUUUCAAUUGCAGACAACAAAACAAUGCGAACUAUCACAGAAAGAUCGUUUGCGUAUCAAACAAUUUCAAAUGCAACUUCAGUUGACACAUUUUUCUUUAUCAGUGGUCUCUUGGUUACCAUAACAUAUUUCCGAAGUGCAGCUAAAUCUAAAGCGAAGGAAAGCCGUGAAAAAAUAAAAAAUCCUCUUCAGAUCGCCCAAAUCUCAACAUCAAAGUUUCUGAUGAUGAUUGUCUACAGAUGGCUGCGUCUGACACCAGCUUAUCUAUUCGUUAUAGGCGUGAAUGAACUAAUCGCCAGAUACACACAGAAUCACAGUGUAUUCUCCCCAGCGAUGAUUGAUCACAUCACUUGUGAUCUCUUCUGGUGGCGCAAUGCGCUCUACAUCAAUAAUUUCUAUCCCCAGCAUGAAUUCUGUAUGUUAUGGUCGUGGUACAUCGCCAACGACACCCAAUUCUACGUCCUAGCCACAAUAUUUUUAAUAAUCGCCGUGCGCAAUAAUAGAUGCCUCAAAGCGGUCGGCAUAGCCAUGUUUGCGUUUAUCUUCACUUCAUGGGUGACAACGUUCAUCAUCUCAAUGAAGUAUAAUUAUGUAGCGAGAGUAGAGGAGCCUUUUGCGUUAUUUGAUCAGUUGUACGACAAGCCAUGGUUGCGGAUAGGACCGUACUUGAUCGGAAUGGCCACAGGGUGGUUCAUGUUUCAACGACAGGAGAAAAUUAAGUUACCCGGAUGGGCUAUACUCAUCGGAUGGACGUUGAGUUUGAGUUGCCUUGCAAGCGUUGUGUAUGGUAUAGGAAGGACUGGUUUGGUCGUGCCUACUUCAGCCUUCUACGCAACAUUCAGCCAUACCGGUUGGGGUCUAUCACUUUCGUGGAUCGUAAUCGCAUGCUGCCAUGGAUUUGGAGGUCCUGUGGAUACUCUCCUGUCGUUUAGGGGUUUCCUUCCGCUGAGUAGACUUGCAUACUGUGCGUAUUUGAUCCAUCCUGUGAUUAUGGUUUACACCAGUUUGCUGAUGGACGGAAACAUUCAUCUCUUCCAAUUAAAUGUGUUAGUGUUAUUUAUGGGUAACAGCGUAGUGUCUUUUAUGGUAGCCUUUUUGAUUUCAAUGUUUUUCGAGGCGCCCGUCGUCAGAUUGCUCAAAAUCAUCUUUGCUUCCGGCUCCAAGGAUGAUUAAACUUGUUAGAAAUUUGUUGAUGCUGUAGAUUGCGUAGCUGUAGUCGCGCGUGGUUUUAAUAAUUCGGUAAAUAUAAGUUGUAAAAUAAUUAUCUAUCCGUUGGUAGAUCACCAGCAGAAAUUUUAUAUUGUACUAUAAAAUUAAU